GUCGUCUUUCUCUGUCUCCGUUGAGGCAGCCAUCUUGCUCUUGCCGCGUGCUUCUGUUGGAGGACCCUCCCUGUUUCAGAUUUACCAACAGAAUGAAUCAAGAAAAGUUAGCCAAACUGCAGGCUCAGGUCCGGAUAGGGGGCAAGGGUACAGCUCGCAGAAAGAAGAAGGUGGUACAUAGAACAGCUACAGCUGAUGACAAAAAGCUUCAGAGUUCUCUUAAAAAACUGGCUGUGAAUAAUAUUGCUGGUAUUGAAGAGGUGAACAUGAUUAAAGAUGAUGGGACAGUUAUUCAUUUCAACAAUCCCAAGGUCCAAGCUUCCCUCUCUGCUAACACCUUUGCAAUUACUGGUCAUGCAGAAGCCAAACCUAUUACAGAAAUGCUUCCUGGAAUAUUAAGCCAGCUUGGUGCUGACAGCUUAACAAGUCUUAGGAAGUUAGCUGAACAGUUCCCAAGGCAAGUGUUGGAUAGCAAAACACCAAAACCAGAAGACAUUGACGAGGAAGAUGAUGAUGUUCCAGAUCUCGUAGAAAAUUUUGAUGAGGCAUCAAAGAAUGAAGCUAACUAAAAUCUUUUUUGGUUUUUGGAAGCUGGCAUGGACUAGAUUUAACACAUCAGCUAUGUGGUUCCAAAGUUUUACAGACACGGAGAACAUCAUCUGUUACUAGCUCAGUAAUAUAAAUAUUUUGUAUAUUAAUAAUGCUGUUUGUUCAGCAUUUUUCAGUCAUUUGAUUUUGCAUUUUGCACUUCCUCCCAGGAGUUAAUCUUUUUGUCAAAAUGCGCAGUAUCAGUGC